AGGCAAGUAGCGCAUUUUUCACCCGUCGUUCGCCCACAAGCGCGAUUUUUUACGUUUAGUUUACUCCACCCGUCUCACUGACAUUUGACAUGUUUACAAGACAGACCAGAGCAACAUGGCAGGUUUGUCUCCAUCUGAGAGGAGGCUUCAGAAGGAGUUAAUGUCAUUAGUGAAAGAACCGCCGCCCGGUGUCACAGUCGAUUCGGACGUAAUAGAACGAAAUUUACUACAAUGGCUUAUAAAUAUGGACGGGGCCUCGGGCACCUUAUACGAAGGUGAAAAUUUUCAAUUACAGUUCAAAUUUAGUAAUAAAUAUCCGUUCGAUUCACCCGAAGUCACCUUCGUCGGUCCAAACAUUCCCGUUCAUCCGCACGUCUAUAGCAACGGUCACAUAUGUCUUUCAAUUUUAACCGACGACUGGUCGCCAGCUUUAUCUGUUCAGGCCGUUUGCUUAUCGAUAGUCUCUAUGCUAAGUAGUUGUAAAGAAAAGAAACGACCGCCCGAUAAUGCAUUUUACGUUAAAACCUGCAAUAAAAAUCCAAAGAAAACCAAGUGGUGGUAUCACGAUGAUUCGGUAUGAAAAUCUUUCGACUUAAAAAAAUGUGAUUUUAUUUAAGUACCUAUGUAAUUUUUUCAUUCUCCCCACCUAUUUAAAUUAGUGUUAUUAAUACAUUAUAUUACUUUUUUAUAUAAGUUGAAUUUGAUAGUGUUUUAUAUAGUAUUUGUUUUGAUUAUAUAGUGCCUACGCCAUAUGUAUACCAUGGAUUAAGCUGAUGAAAGACUUAUGUCCGGUAGGGUUUUAAUUGUAGGUCUUCGGUGAGGGAUUGUAUCCAGGAUUUAAUUUAAGAGGUUUUUACUGUAAAUAUUGAUGUUUAUAUUUUUAUUAGGAUUUAAUGCCUGUUUGUUCUAUUGCAAUUUAUACCUACCCAUCGAAAUCUAUUCAACUGACAAUGCAGCUUAAUCCCUGCAUAUAGUAAAUAUUCAGUUUUUAUUAUAUAUAUUACAAUAAA